AUGGAAGUAAACACAUUUCCACACCUACCAGCUCCAUCCACAUCAGCUCGCGGCCCGCCAAAGACGACGUGGACUCACAGAAGGGAGGCAUCCAAACACCCACGACGCCGAAUCGAACCCCCCUUCUCUCUCCUUUGCUGCCAUUCCAGUCCUCGACAGAGCUUUUCGCCAGAUCACCCCAACGAAAAUACCCGAAUCACAAACCAGCUCUUUUUUUUGCCCAUCAUGCAGCGUCCACAAACGUACGGGCAGUCACCUCCCCUGCACCACCCGGUUCCCCAGCAUGUCUCGACGGUUCCCCAGCUACGCUCGCCUCCUCCACCCGUGUCGCAAACCCAAUCGCAACAGAGCUAUGGGAGCCCCUAUCAGCAGCAGGGUGGCACAAGUGGAAAUGUGUUCGGCGCAUACGGGCAGUUCAUGAACGACCCUACGGCACAAGUUGCGGCGCAAUUUGGACAGACGGCCUUCAAGCAUGGCCAGGAGUACAUGGAACAGAACUUUAACCGUUACGUCAACGUCAACGCCCUGAAGCACUACUUUAACGUCUCCAACUCGUACGUCAUCAACAAGCUAUUCCUCGUGCUUUUCCCCUGGAGGCACAAGCCGUGGUCGCGCAAGCAGUCCGUCGGACCCAGCGGUCAAGAAGGAUGGUAUCUCCCGCCGCGGGACGACAUCAACAGCCCCGAUAUGUACAUCCCCGUCAUGGCCGUCGUAACGUACAUCCUACUCUCCACCCUUAUCGCCGGUCUCCGCGGCCAGUUCCAGCCUGAGCUCCUCGGAUACACGGCAUCGACGGCUCUGGUGAUAGUGGUUGCGGAGAUUUUGGGUCUGAAGCUGGGCUGCUAUCUGCUGGGCAUCUCGAACGACUCGCAGCUCUACGAUCUGAUCGCGUACUCGGGCUACAAGUUUGUCGGCAUCAUUGUUACCGUCGCCGUGGCUGAGACCUUUAACGGCGGCAAGGGCACGGGUGGCUGGAUCGGCUGGUCGGUGUUUCUCUAUACGUUCCUGGCCAAUUCUCUGUUCUUGAUGCGAUCUCUCAAGUACGUUCUUCUGCCUGAGAACGCUGCCAAUGGCGCCGGUCCCAUGCAGACGGGCGAUUCCCGAGCCAAGCGAAACCAGAGGACCCAGUUCCUGUUCUUCUACUCGUACAUCGUUCAGCUGCUGUUCAUGUGGAUCCUUACGAGACCUUGA